UCUGGCUGCGCUAUGACUCCCGCAGUGGGACACACAACAUGUACCGCGAGUACCGCGACCUGACCACCGCUGGGGCUGUCACACAGUGCUACCGAGACAUGGGUGCCCGGCAUCGUGCCCGUGCACACUCCAUCCAGAUCAUGAAGGUGGAAGAGAUUGCCGCCGGCAAAUGUCGCAGGCCGGCUGUCAAGCAGUUCCAUGACUCCAAGAUCAAGUUCCCGCUGCCCCACCGUGUUCUGCGGCGCCAGCACAAGCCUCGCUUCACUACCAAGAGGCCUAACACCUUCUUCUAGACCCAGAGACCCACUGAAUAAAGCUCCAGAGUUCA